CAAAGUUUGUAUAAACCCAAGAAUUCAAGAUGGCGGAACUAGAAGAGAAGUUGCGCGAGGCCGCGUGUUUUGGCGAUAUUGAAGGUGUCAAGGAGUUAUUAAGCCGGGGGGUGAAUGUGAAUGCUCAGCAUGAUAUCAACGGUUGGACGUCUCUACACUGGGCUGCUAAACGGAACCAUCUUAAUAUUGUGAACCUACUCUGCAACCACGGAGCUGACAAAAAUAUUCCCACGAACAAGGGAGAGGUUGCUGCUCAGCUGACUAGUGAGGGAGUUAUUAAAGUACUCCUCAAUGCAAUGAAAGGGAGUGCUGGAACAGGAGGUGGUGGGAGUACUCCUAAACAACCAUUAAAGAAGGAGAAAGAAGAAAAGCUUCCAAUCACACCAAACUACAUUCGCCACCCUCCUCUAGCAUACGAGGUGGAUCUUGGAGAUAAAGAGAAACAUAACGAGAGAAAAUCAUUUUCUAGACCAGAGAAGAGGCCUAAACUUAAUAAUCACGAAAGGUUAACAGCUGAGUAUGAAUCUCCUGAAUUGAUCCUGAAAGUCCGAACAGCAGGUGCUCGAGAGCAGGACUAUAUUGAGAUUGAGCUUGCCAGAGAUGCGCUCACCCUUGAGUAUCUUAUAGUUAUGGGAUGUGAGGAGCUGGGGAUCCAGAGCAGUGAAGUUGAAAAGCUAAGAAAAAUGCCGAAUACAAGAUUGCGACGGGAUAAGGAGGUCGAGAGGUUGGAAGAUUAUCAGGAGAUUGAGUUUGUCCUCCGAGAGCAGGAUUACCAGGCAGAAAUACAGGUAUGCGGUAACGAGGUUAAAGUGUAUAACGUGAUGAUGUACGCUAAUCAUUUACUAUUUGUAUAG